AUGUCCUUUGACUCCCCGUAUAACCGUAAUGUGUACAUUGCAAGUCUCCCGCCCAACUACACGGAUUCGGAGUUACACGCCUUGUUUGCCCCCUUUGGGAAAAUUUUGUCCACAGCUCUUGUGAAGGACAAGAACACAGGGCUCUGUAAAGGUUACGGAUUUGUGCUGAUGGAACGCUUCCAAGAUGCAUACAAUGCAGUGAUUGCUCUCCAGGGGCACAGUAUUGCCCAUACACGUGUGCAGGUGCGCCUGGCCCGACCAGAGGCGUCAGCAAAGCGAGUUUGUCCCCUUGUUUAUCAGCAAGCCUUGAUAUACGAUGCAGCGUCACCGACGUAUUUAUUUUUGCUCCCCCAACCAUACAUAUUGAGCCAGUGA